CUUGCCUGCGCUGCGACAUUUCUUCUCCCCUUUGAGCAAUUUUUUGUUUGCUUCCCGCUUUUUGCUUGUUCUUUGAACACCCUUUUCUUUUUCUUUUUCUUUUUACUUGGGUUUAAUCCCUAUGGGGGAAGAAGAAAAGAAACAUUCCGACGGCGUGGUGGGCCAGACCAUGCCCGCGAACCGAGUCGAUGAUGCAGUUGAGUACCUGGAGGGGCAUUCGGACGUGGCCGAUACGCAGGAUGUAGACAUAAGCGCAUUGCGUCGCAAGAUCGAUUACCGCAUUAUCCCAUUCAUGUUCUGUUGCUAUGUGCUGCAGUUUUUGGAUAAAGUCAUGCUGAACUAUGCUGCGGUUAUGGGUAUAAAGAAAGAUCUUGGGCUAGUAGGUAAUGAUUUCUCGAAUACGGCGACUUGGUUCUUUAUUGCGUAUUUGAUUGCGGAGGUUCCUAAUGUGUAUCUCCUCCAAAAGACCCCCGCUGCGAAAUGGCUUGGUCUAAAUGUUACCCUUUGGGGUGUCGCAGCAGCAGCCUCUGCUGGCGCCCAUGAUUAUCGGAGCUUGCUCGUUUCGCGAAUCUUCCUUGGUAUUUUCGAGGCCACCAUCGGACCCUCGCUGAUGCUUCUCAGCAGCCAAUUCUACACGCGCAGUGAACAAGCCCCGCGAUUCACCUUCUGGUACCUCGGGCUAGGCGUGGCGCAGAUCAUCGGGGGGAUCAUCUCGUUUGCGUUCCAGCAGGUGCAUCACACGUUUGCCGGGUGGCGGAUUAUGUUUCUUGUGUUGGGACUUGUGACGAUGUUGGUCGGGGUGCUGACGAUGCUGUUUAUUCCCGAUACGCCGAUGAAGGCGCGGUGGUUGAGCGAGACCGAGAAGAUUGCGUUGUUGCGACAUGUCAGUGUGAAUCAGACGGGGGUGUGGAGUAGUCGGGUCGAUAUGAGGCAAAUCUGGGAGGCGGUUGGGGAUGUACAGUUGUGGUUGUUAACGUUGACUACCAUUUGUACGUCCGUAUCCUCCGGUGUGGUCACGACAUACUCGGCAACCCUAAUCAACGGCUUCGGGUUUACGCCUCCGCACUCGGCGCUCCUGAACACGCCCUCCGGCAUCGUCAGCAUCUUCUUUACGUUGGCCGUCGGGAUCGGGAUCCGCAGAGUCUCCCACCGCUGGGCUUGGUUCAUCUUCUGCACGAUUCCCGGGAUCAUCGGUGGGGCGCUGAUGUCGUUCUUGCCGAAGCAUAACAAGGCCGGGGUCUUGAUUGGCAUUUACCUCGUCAAUGCGAUUGUUGCUACGCUGCCCAUUCUCUACCAGUGGACGAUGGCGAACUGCGCCGGACACACGAAGCGCGCGUUCGCCAGUGCCCUCGUAGCUGGGUCGUUCUCCGUGGGUAAUAUUAUCGGCCCGCAGACGUUCCAAGCGAGGGAUGCGCCAGAGUAUCGCCCGGCGAAGAUCGCCGUGUUGGCGACCCAGGCCGCGGCGGGAACCCUGGCGUUUGUGUUGUUUUUGUAUUAUGUAUGGGAGAAUCGGAGGCGUGUGAAGGCUGCGGGUGAAGGCGAGGAAGAGGUUAUUGAUGAGACGAAGUGGGCUGGGUUGACUGAUAGAGAGAAUCGAUGGUUUCGAUAUGUGUAUUAGAACUGCCUGGAUAAUGUUGGUGCUUUCUGGGAGGACGACAUUUGAUUCGAAAUUAAGAAUGAUGUAUAUAACAGACGUAUGUAAGAAGUAUAAAAAUGCAUGAAUCGUUUGGAAUGCAGUAGAAAUCAAACAUCGAUCUCAUUAGCUCAUGGACGAUGCUUCUUCAUUAAAACGUAGU